AUGAACACAGCAUCGCCACCUGUCCGCGCACAUCUGGAACCCAUCACUGAUAUCUUCAAUAUAGGAAAGUCCACCGGUGGCAAGGCCCCGCGUAAGCAACUUGCUUCCAAGGCUGCCAGAAAGUCAGCACCAUCUACCGGAGGUGUCAAGAAGCCCCACAGAUACAAGCCAGGAACUGUCGCUCUUCGUGAGAUCCGUCGUUACCAGAAGUCUACUGAGCUUCUGAUCCGAAAGCUCCCCUUCCAGCGUCUCGUUCGUGAGAUUGCCCAGGACUUCAAAUCCGACCUCCGCUUCCAAUCUUCCGCCAUCGGUGCCCUCCAGGAAUCCGUCGAGGCGUACCUCGUCUCUCUUUUCGAGGACACCAACCUCUGCGCCAUCCACGCCAAGCGUGUCACAAUUCAAAGCAAGGAUAUCCAGCUGGCUCGCCGCCUCAGAGGAGAGCGCAGCUAA